GACCAGCCGCCCAGGGAGGAGCCGGCACAGAACGCUGGCUCGGAGCGCCGGCACCCUGGGCCUUUGCGUUGUCUGUCGGCUGAGCAGCUGGUUCCCGGAGCCCGUGGGCCUCCUGGCCAAUGCGAGUGACAGCGACCUUCUGGGUUUAUAAUAAAGGGCUUGACGCGCCGCAAAGUCCCCUAGCCGCUGGCCACCAGCCUUCCAGCCCUUACGGCCCACGCUGUGAUCCUGGUGACCGAGAAGAGAGCAGAGCCACUGCCAGAAGGAAGGGGACAAGACCCAGCAGGACACCUUCUUUCCACGCUUUCCAGCCUGUGGGAGUGGCAGGGGCAGCAGAGAGGGAACCUGGAGCCAGGAUUAAUGACCCAUUUAUGAAGCAUCUUAUUCUGCGACCGAGGCUGUGUGGUCAGUGGCAACGUAAAUGGCUCAACUCCCCGCUGGCAUUCGCUUCAUCAUCUCGUUCUCCAGGGAUCAGUGGUACAGAGCCUUCAUUUUUAUUUUGACAUUUCUGCUGUAUGCAAGUUUUCACUUAUCUCGAAAGCCUAUCAGCAUAGUUAAGGGUGAGCUCCACAAGUAUUGCACUGCUUGGGAUGAAGCUGACGGCAGAUUCAGCAGCCAGAGCGGCAAGUCUGGGUCCAUUGGCCCCCGCCAGCUCCCUGACAAUGAGACCGACUGUGGCUGGGCACCAUUUGAUAAGAACAACUAUCAGCAGCUGCUUGGGGCCCUGGACUACUCCUUCCUGUGCGCCUAUGCCGUGGGGAUGUACCUCAGUGGCAUAAUUGGGGAACGCCUGCCGAUUAGGUAUUACCUAACUUUUGGGAUGCUCGCCAGUGGAGCCUUCACCGCCCUGUUCGGCUUAGGGUAUUUCUACAACAUCCACAGUUUCGGAUUCUACGUGGUAACUCAGGUCAUCAACGGGCUGGUGCAGACCACCGGCUGGCCCAGCGUCGUCACCUGCCUCGGCAACUGGUUUGGAAAAGGAAGGAGAGGUUUGAUUAUGGGGGUCUGGAACUCCCACACCUCCGUAGGCAACAUCUUGGGGUCGUUGAUCGCUGGCUACUGGGUGUCCACGUGCUGGGGCCUGUCCUUCGUUGUGCCUGGGGCCAUCGUGGCAGCCAUGGGGAUAGUGUGCUUUCUCUUCCUCAUUGAACAUCCGAAGGACGUCAGGUGCUCCUCCACCCUGCUGACGCACUCAAAAGGCUCUGAGAAUGGUACAAACAGAUUGAGACUCCAGAAGCAAAUCUUGAAGACCGAAAAGAACAGGCCUCUGGACCCCGAGAUGCAGUGCCUGCUGCUCUCAGAUGGGAAGGGCUCCAUCCACCCGAACCACGUCGUCAUUCUCCCCGGGGACAGCGGGAGUGGCACAGCCGCCAUCAGCUUCACAGGAGCCUUGAAAAUUCCAGGCGUGAUAGAGUUCUCGCUGUGUCUGCUGUUCGCCAAGCUGGUCAGCUACACUUUCCUCUUCUGGCUGCCCCUGUACAUCACGAAUGUGGAUCACCUUGAUGCCAAGAAAGCUGGGGAGCUCUCCACCCUGUUUGACGUGGGCGGAAUCUUUGGUGGGAUCCUGGCAGGUGUGAUCUCAGACCGACUGGAGAAAAGAGCCUCCACCUGCGGCCUGAUGCUGCUGCUUGCAGCCCCCACGCUGUACAUCUUCUCCACCAUCAGCAAGAUGGGGCUCGAGGCCACCAUCGCCAUGCUGCUGCUCAGCGGAGCCCUGGUCAGUGGGCCCUACGCGCUCAUCACCACCGCCGUCUCUGCCGACCUGGGGACUCAUAAAAGUCUGAAAGGCAACGCACACGCCCUGUCCACCGUGACCGCCAUCAUCGACGGGACCGGCUCUGUAGGAGCAGCCCUGGGCCCCCUGCUGGCUGGGCUCCUCUCCCCGUCCGGCUGGAGCAAUGUGUUUUACAUGCUGAUGUUUGCAGAUGCCUGUGCCUUACUGGUAAGUCGGCCUAUUUUUAGUCCAAUCCACCUUGAAUGCGGAUCUCUGUGGUUGUGGCCAAACACUGGUGGAACUUUCUCCCGUGCAUUCCUGAGUUAUCAGACAGAUUUGGGUCUUCCCAUCUUUUCUAAAUAUGCAUAGUCUAAAGCCCCUUCUCUCUCUGGUUAGAAAAAAUCAGAAACAGAAGCAGGACAGUCUUUGGUCUGCAGUCUUGGGCAGGAUGGCACAGAGGCCAGGAGCAUGGAGCUCCAUGGCUCUGGAUCCUGCCCGUCAUUGUCACGUGUGUGCCUUGGGCGGGUUUCGUAACCUCUGCUCCACAGCUUUAAAAUGGGCAUGAUAAUGGCGCCCAGUGACAAGACUGCUGUGGGAAUUAAAGCAGAUGAUACACAGAGCCCGGCCUCCCACUGGUCAUCAGUGUCCUGGUGUCCCUCCUGCAGCCAUGCUUGUCAGAUGGGGCGGGAGCAGCCCCAACUUCUUUCACCUGAAGGGAUGGGAGAGAAUAAAGGGGCGAAGAGGCUGUCAAUGCAGACACACCAAGUCGCCUUCUGGCUUCUGCCCCCUUUUCUCUGGGCUCCUGCUUCUGUGCCCUCCUGUGUUGAGAAAGCUUGAGGUUUUCCUCUGGGUAGGGAAGACCAGUGAUGAUGUCACAGUCACACAGAUGUGCACUUGUGAGGGGCACAUACACUUAUCUUUACAAGUCACCUGGCCACAAAGUCCCCAGACCCACAGUCAUGCCUCUCCUCUUGCUUCACCAGACAAAACCUUAGGCUGAUCCCAAUAAAAAUGAGUUGAGAAUUUUAGAAAUAUCAACUCACUCAACUAAAUGAAAGUCUUAUAUCUUAAUUCCAGGAAAUUAUAAAACUCAACUUCCCCACCACAUACAAAAUCAAAUACCAAUUCUCAACCUAUGAAUUUACUAGGUUUAAAUGGCUGUUCUUUGGAUCAUCUGUGGGUUUUCUCAAUGCCUAAACGUUCUAGUGAAGCCUCCAGAUGUAUUUCCACUAAGUAGCAGUAAAAUUCCUGUCAUUACAACUGUUCAGAGAAUCUGAAAUAUCUUCUUCAGAAAUAUUCAGUAACAUAUAUUGAAAAUUGUUUUGAUGCAUAGCCACAAACUCAUAAGAAAGUAAAGGAAUUCCCCAGGAGCCAGAAUUGUAAAGGCAAUAUAAAUACACAAGCUCAGGAGUCAAGGGGUUGGGGUGGUUGUGCCCACACUGGGUAAGAGACAAGGUGUUAGGCUGGCACAAGACGAGGAUUUGGAACUGGAGACUUCCUCAUAGAGCCAGGACCCUCGAAGAACCAUGCUUGCAGUGAAAGAGUGUAUUAGAUGAUAUCUGCACACUGGCACAGGAAGACAAUGGGAAUCUGCCCAUCUUAGCCAGAUUAAGGGAAAAAAUAUCCCUUGAAAAUUUUUAGCCAUAGACCUCCCCACAGUCAGCUGUCAGCUUUAAUCUUUGAGCUCAUAUAAAUAUGUUUAAAAUGAACAAAGUUGGUCCUUAGGUAGUGAUAAUGCAGAAGCAAAUAGGGACAAAUCUCAACCCUGCAGCACAGGAUUUCUGUAGCUAACCUACUUAGGUUUCUUCACCCUACUAAAGAUGAGCUCACAAUACAAAAUUAUGAAACAUAAGCAAUCUACUUUGAAUGACAGUAACAGACAUAAAAAAUGGUGGAAUUGGACUCCCCCAAAACUGCAGAUAAAAGAGUUAUAUAAACUAAAAAUAAAUAUAUGCAAUGUUACUAAUGAUGUAAAGAAAAGGAACUGACCUCAUGAAAGAAAGAAUAAGACACUAUCAAAAAGACAGAGCAGGCUUCAAAAACAACCAAACAGGAGUUAUAGAAAUAAAAAAUGUGAUCUUUAGCCUGAAAAAAAAAACUCAAUGGAUGGGUUAGAAAAGUAAAUUAGAUACAGCUGAAGAGAUUACUGAAAUGAAAUAUAGACAUGAAGAAAUUAUCCAGAAUUCAGCACAAAAAGAGAGAUGGAAAAUAUUAAAGAGAAAUGAAAUAUAAAAUGGAGGACCAAAUGAGAUGGCCUAAUAUCUGAAAGUAAUUCCAGAGGAAGAUAAUAGACUGGGUUUGAAGCAAUAUUUUAAGAGAAAAUAGCUGAGAAUUUUCCAGAUACAUGAAAGACAAACAUUCUUAGAUUCAGGAAUCAAACGACUUAGAAUUCUGUACCUAGAUAAACUUGCAUGCAAGAGUAAGGGUGAAGUGAAAACAUUUUUAACCAAAGAUGCUCCCAGCAAAAAUUGCUAAACAGUGUAUUUAAAGAAGGAAGAUAGAUCCAGAAGGAAAGUCUGAGAUGCAAGGAGAAAUGCAAGCAAAAAAGCAAUAUUCCUAAGGAUGAAUCUAAGUAUUGACCAUAUAAAAUAGGGGCCAGCUAACUGUGGCCUAUUUUUGUAUGAUCCUCCAGCUGGGAAUGGUUUAUAUUUUUAAAGAUUUCUUUUAAAAAAUCAACAAAAGAAUACGCAACAGAGACCAUAUGGCUGCAAAGCCUGAAAUAUUUACUAUCUAGACCUUUACAGAAGAAGCUUUCUGAUUCUUAGUUUAAAACAACAGCAAUGACGACUAAUUUGGGCAAUAUAAAAAAAGAACUGAAAUACUGAAAAUGUAAAGUACAAGCGGGACAAUCAGAGUUCCAGCACACCGCAGUUCUUAUAUUGUCAAGUCAAUAGCAAUAGAAUGUGUAACCUUCAAGGCAAUACAGGGAAAUGAAGAUUUAUCCAAGAGAACCUAGGGUCAGGGGAAGCAUAGAAAAAGCAGGGUAAAUACAGAAAUACAUAGCAACAUGGAUGAAAAUGAUCCCAGCAUACCAGCAACACAGUAA